AUGCAUCUCAAUCUUGCUGGUCUGGCAGUGGUCGCUACGGCCUUUCUCGCAACUGCCAGCGCCCUUUCGCCGCAAGAUAUCCCGGCCGAUCUCCCUGUUGCGAACCUCUUGACCAAGGCGCAGUCGCAUCUAUCCCGCGGCGAGACCAGUGAAGCCCUCAUGUACUACGAUGCUGCCAUCGCCCGCGACCCGACGAACUACCUUUCCCUCUUCAAGCGGGCCACCGCAUAUCUCUCACUCGGCCGAACCUCGCAGGCAACUGACGAUUUCAACAAAGUCCUGUCCCUCAAGCCUGGCUUUGAGGGAGCCCAUCUUCAACUCGCCAGGCUUCGUGCCAAGGCUGGAGACUGGGAUGCCGCAAAGGCCCAGUACGGCCUUGCUGGAAAGGCUCCCAAGUCGGCUGAGUUUGUCGAGUUGGAAGAGGCCAAGCUGGCAGCUCAUCUAGCUGACAUGGCUAGCAAGGGCGGGAAGUGGGAAGAGUGUGUCAGCCACGCCGGUACUGCAAUCGUUGUCGCCAGUCGAUCUCCUCAUCUGCGUGAACUCCGAGCGCACUGUCGCUUCGAGCUCGGCGAUGUCGAACUCGCUCUCAGCGAUUUGCAACAUGUCCUUCACAUGAAGCCCGGUGACACUUCUCCCCACAUCGUUAUUUCCGCGACUUCGUUCUACGCUUUGGGUGACCUGGAGAACGGUAUUGGACAAGUCAAGAAGUGUCUUCAGUCAGAUCCUGAUUCCAAGAUCUGCAAGAAGUUGCACAAGCAGGAGAAAAAGGUUGAGAAAUCAUACAAGAAGAUCCAGGGACAACUAAGCCGAGGCCAACCCACCACGGCGGGCAGGGCAUUGGUCGGUACUGCCGAUGGUUCUGGCUUGGUGCCUGAUGUCCGAAACCAGGUGGAGGAGCUUAAGAAGAACAAGAGCAUCCCCAAGACCGCCCGUAUCCAACUUUUGGAGAAUUUGAUCGAGAUGACUUGUCAAGCAUACACCGAAUCAACCCACAAAGAAGCCGCCAAGUACUGUGACGAGUCACUACAACUCAACCCUGACUCUUUCUGGGGUCUUCUUCAUAAGGGUAAGGCUCAACUAAAGAGUGAGCUUUACGACGCCGCCAUUGCUACCCUCGAGAAGGCCGCCGAGAUCCGCCCCGAUCUGAAGGAGAAGGUUAACCCAGUCCUUAACAAGGCUCACAUUGCCCUCAAACGCAGCAAGACCAAGGACUACUACAAGGUGCUUGGUGUCGAGAACGACGCCGACGAGCGCCAAAUCAAGUCCGCCUACCGCAAACAAUCAAAGAUCUUCCACCCUGACAAGGCCGCCAAACAAGGUAUCCCCAAAGAAGAGGCCGAGAAGAAGAUGGCCAGCAUCAACGAGGCAUAUGAAGUUCUUAGUGACCCCGAAUUACGUGCCCGUUUCGACCGUGGCGAUGAUCCUAACUCCCAAGAGAGACCAAACCCUUUCCAGGGACAGGGCAACCCCUUCGGUGGUGGCGGUCAUCCAUUCAUGUUCCAGCAAGGCGGUGGCGGCGGUGGUCCUAAUAUCAAGUUCCAGUUCGGUGGUCAACCAUUUGGAUUCUAG